UCAGGUUCACGCGAUAGCAAUUUGUACGCGCUUUGUUUCCUGGCAACAACAUCAUGUACAAAAAAGUGAUGGCGGAAUAAACAGGAAAGAAAGUGACGUGAACAGACUCGAGAAAAGGGGACUAAAACAGAGUCUAAGGAAACCAAAAAAGGAAACUUAUCAAGAUGGGUUUUCCAAUAAUGUUUCUAAAGCAUUAUUGGUUUACUGUCCUUGCCAUUUUGACAUUAACAGUUGGUUAUCUUGACAUUAUUGGCGCGGAACAAAACUAUGGUCAGCCAGCUGAAGAGGGAAGUAUCCGACUGAUUCAUGGUAGAACAGAGAACGAAGGAUCAGUUGAGAUCUACCAUGGAACACGAUGGGGCGGUGUCUGUGACUGGUGGUGGCAUAUGAGGAACGCCAAUGUUACGUGCAGACAACUUGGCUUCCCAGGGGCUAGAAAUUUCUAUCGGAGGGCAUAUUUUGGUGCUCAUGUAACAACUUUUUGGGUGUAUAAGAUGAACUGUAUGGGGAAUGAAACAAGAUUAGAGAACUGCUACCAUCGACCCUACGGACGUCCCUGGCUCUGUAAUUCGCAAUGGGCUGCUGGGGUAGAAUGUAUACCUAAAGAUCCGCCUCAGGGAUCACUGCGACUGAUUCUUGGUGGAGUCCCAAAUGAAGGUACACUGGAAACAUUCUGGGAUGGAUCCUGGGGCAGUGUGUGUCAUACAGACUUCGGGACACCAGAUGGAAACGUUGCAUGUAGACAGAUGGGUUACCCCAAAGGAGUUAAAACAAUCAAGACAGAUGGUCAUUUUGGAUUCAGUACUGGGCCGAUCAUUCUAGAUGCGGUGGAUUGUGAUGGCAGUGAGACACACAUCACGCAAUGCAACAUGCCUGUAGAACCCUUUCAACAUGCCUGCCCCUACACUCACAAUUGGGACGUUGGCGUUAUAUGCAAACCUAACACAGAAGGGGACAUUCGUCUUAUGGAUGGUAGCGGGCCUCAUGAAGGUCGAGUAGAGAUAUGGCAUAACGAUGCUUGGGGUACAAUAUGUGAUGAUGGUUGGGAUUGGCAAGAUGCUAAUGUAGUAUGCCGUCAACUCGGUUACAGAGGAGCCAUUAAAGCUUCCGGAUUCCAAGGGGAAGACUUUGGUUUUACGUGGGCACCUAUACAUACAUCUUUCAUCACGUGUACGGGUACAGAGGAACGCAUCCUUGAUUGUCUCUUCCGAGAUGGCUGGUCUCACGCUUGUUAUCAUGUUGAAGAUGCCGGAGUAGUAUGUGCAACCGAUGAUGAAGCCACCAUUGAGGUUGAAGCAGAGAAUACAAGAGUACGCAUCGUCGGAAUGGGACAAGGACAAGGAAGAGUUGAAGUGAGUUUUGGCAAUGGAUGGGGACGAGUUUGUGACGAAGACUGGAGUGACGAUGAAGCCAAGACUGUUUGCUAUCAUGCUGGAUACUUGUGGGAUGGCUCACGCAUGGCAUCAUCCAAAGAGUUUUCAGCACCCGCUGAUCUUACUGCGCCAUUUAUUAUCGAUGGUAUAACCUGCACCGGUGCCGAGAAUGAAACCCUGAGCGAAUGUCAGAUCAAAGUUUCGGCAGAUUUGACUUGCGAAACUGGUGACGUCGGAGUCGUUUGUGGAGGUUCGUCAGCGCCGUCUGGCGGUAUAUCAAUGGCAGUGAUCGGAGGAGCGGUGGGAGGUGGGGUUGCUGGAGCAGCUGUGAUUGCAGUUGCUAUCUACUACAUAAAGUUUGUCAAAUCUGCAGCAUAAAUAAGGAAUCUCUUGAUGUCCAUAUUUAUUUUUUGUGCUC